UCAAACAAGAUCGGAAAAGAUCAAAAGAAAACUGAAAAAUAUAUCAAAGAUAUAGAAAUAGUUAGAACUGUAUUAGAAAAGACAUCAUGGAAGGUAUAUUGAGUUUGAGAUUCCUCAUCCUGAUGGCUGUGGUAUGUGUGGUCGUGGCACAGACUGCCACAACGAAGGAACCCAUGAGAACCACCACCGGGAAACCUAUGAAAGACAUAAAGGAGGCCACAGAUAAACGCGAUAAACGUCAAUUGGGCAGCAAUGUUGGUGCCGCCGCCAGCACCGGAGGCAAUUUCCCCAUCUUCUACGAUGGAGUCAAUGUGAAUCCUCCCCUGCAGCCGCUGCAGCCACUGCAGCCGUUGCAGCCGCUACAGCCCCUGCCACCGCUCCAGCAACUGCAACCCUUGCCGCAGCUGCAGCCCAUCACCGUGGUACAACCGGGGGCCUCCAGUGGCAAUCUCCAGAGCCAGCCGCAGACCGGCUGGCUGCCCAACUUCGGACAGAACUUCGGCCAGAAUCUGCCCAUCAUUGGCACUUUGGUGGGCGGUCUGCCCAACCUGAUCAACAGCCUGGGUCUGGGCAACCUCAAUGGCGGCUUUGGCACUCUGGGCGGCAUCAAUCUGGGCAAUCUGGGCAACCUGGGCCUGGGCGGACUGACCCCAGUGGUGGCGACACCCGUACCCGUGCCCGUGCCCAUCACCGGUGUCAGUGCCAGCAAUCAACAAUGCCCGCUCACCCAGAAGCUCAGCUGCCGCUGCGAGCCGCUCAUCCAGCUACCCGGCCUGAAGCCCAGCUCCCAGCUCCGUGGACCCCAGUCGCAGUCCCAGUCGCAGACGCAGCUGGUUCAGAUCCUCAGGCAGAACGUGCUCCGCAACGAUGAUGGGUCCCAGGAGCUGCGCGUCAUCCUCAGCAGCGGGCAUGUGGUCUACCAGCGUACUGCGAAGGAUCUCGGCCAGAGCGGCUACUUUGCCAUGAGGAUCCAGACGGGGCGGUACUUCAACAUUUACUACACUGUCAACGACAAGGAGUACACGGUGAGGGCCGACGUCAAGGACGCGCCACCCAGCUCCGAUUUCGACGAGGGGCUCAGUGGACAGAUCUAAAAACCGUGCAACGGACUGUCUGCCCAUGAGUAUCAAGUAUUGAACGAGGAAGUAAAAGGAAAUUAAACAUCUGGUUAAAAGACUUUCUCCGAUGAAUGGGUAUAACACUUGAAUGUCCUCAAUCAACAUCGUCUUGAGCGGCUCCAAUCUUUCCUCCCCACAUAAUCCUCAACGUUCAUCGCAUAGCCACUUCUUCAAAAAGUAUACAAAUCAUAUUAUUUUUUUUUUUUUAGAACUAAAACUAUAAACUAGCCGAAAAUA